UAUGCUCUUCUUUUGUAUUUGCCGGAGUACAGAAUCUACCGCGCGGUUUCACCCCGCGGGUAAAUCUCGGCAAACCUGCUCUGCUCUUUUUUUUACCUCCCAAAGUCGCCGCGCAGUCGUGGGGUUUUAACUUUUAAGUUUAACAAACACACAAGCAGAGAUAAACGGGGGCAAAACAAACUACACCUGUUUUUUUUUCCCAAUCCAACUCCCUCUCUCUUCUACGCCUCCCUUUUCUUUCUCUUCACCAACACAUUUAUCUUUCCUUACUCGAUCUCUCUUUCUCUCUCUUCCUACUUUCCAUUCCGCCAUCCCUCGCAAUCUAUCCCUCCCGCUCCCCGGCGAUCUACGCCCUUCGGCCGCCGCCGCCGCUCCCAUUGCCGCCGGCUAGGGUUUCGGUGUCUUCUGCUCUUAAUUCGUUCGCUGUAUGCUCGUCGGCUUUGUAGUUAGGGUUUCGCUUACGGGAGGUUUCCAGAAUCGAAGCUCAUAACUGUCAGAUUCGGUCAGUGGUUGGGAGGAAGAUGAUGAAUUAGGUUUACGGGAUUGAUGUCAGGAGAACUACGGGGAAGUUGAGUUUCUGUGCCUGCUUGGCGAUUAGGUUUUUUUUUUUUGGGGUGUAUUUUGGAUUUGGAAUCGGGGAGAGUCGAGUUUGAGUGUUUCGCGAUGCCGAGGAGUUCGCGCCACAAGUCGAGCAAGCACAGUUCGAAGGAUGCGAAGGAGAAGGACUACUCGGAUUCAGAGAAGGAGACAAGUUUGAAGGAGCGUAAGUCGAAGGAGGAGAGCGGUUCCGCUAUGGUUUUGAAGGAGUCCGCUGGCUCCGGGGAGAAGCGGAAAUUGGAUUUGAAGGAAAAUAAGGAUGGUGUUGGCACUGGAAACGGGGAAUAUGCGGAGGAAUAUUCUUCUUCCUCGAAGCGACGGAAGGACAGAGUGGAGGAUGGUGGGAGCGACAGGUGGAAUGGCGGGGAGGAUGGUAAGGGCGAAGCGUCCAAGAAGUCAAAGGAGAAGUUGGGCGAAUCGAAGAGCAGCAAGCGGCGGGAAGAGAGUUCGAGGAGAGAUGACAAUGUUGGAAACGGUGGUGGUGAGGGCGAUGAGGUAGUUGGGAGAAGGAGCAGCGGAAAGAGUGAAGGGAAGCAUAAGGAGUCGAGUAGCCGAAAGGAUGGGGCUGAUAGGGACAAGGACAGAGAAAGGGAUAAGGAUAGGGAAAGGGAAAGAGAUAGGGAGAGGAAGGGUAGAGAGUCAAGGAGCGAGAAGUUGAUUGAUGGUGAGGACUUGCGUUCUGGAAAGCAGGUCUCUGAAAAAACUGUGCUCAAAGACACAUUGCACGACCCAGAGCCUGAAAAUAUACCUGAGAAACGCACUAGGAGAAAGAGAGAUGGUUCUGGCGAUGGUGAUAAGUACCAGGAUGAUGUUACCAAGGAUGGAAGAUGUAGAGAUAAGAACCAUGAAGGUGAAACUAGGCAUCGGGAUGACAAGCAAAGAGAUGACCGCGCUUCAAGAGAUCAUAUAAAUAGCAAGCACUCUAGGGAUGAGCAAGAGGGUACAGGUUCCCGACACAAGAAAUCUAAGCCUCAGGACAUUGAGUGUGACCGCGAUCGGGAUAGUGAUUAUGAUCGUGACUGUGAUCAUGAUAUUGGCCGUGACCGCGGUUAUGAGCGGGGAAGGGACAGUGACCGUCACCGCGAGCGAGUUCGUGAUCGGGAAAAUGAUCGAGACCACGACUGGGAGUGGGAUAGAGAUCGAGAACGUGACAAGGAUCGAGAUAGAGAUAGAGACCGGGAUUAUGAUUCAUUGUAUGUUGAUGAUAGAAGAGAUAGGAACAAAGAAAGCAGGUCUAGGAAGAGGUCUCCUGAUGAUCUUGAUGAUGAUGCAAAAUUGAGAAGUAGUAAAGGAUCCUAUGCAGAUGCAGAUAAUAAAUUUUCAAUUGGCAGUAGGAUUGAAGGAGAUGCUGACAGGGGAAGGUCUCAGUCACGCCAAUCACACCAUGAAAAUUUCAGUGGAAGCAGGAGGAGAGCUUCACCAGUCAUCAGUUCUCAGGGUGCUGCAGAUGAAUAUAGGUAUGCAAAAGCAGAAGAUGUGAGGUACAGAGAUGAUGGGCCAGAGCAGAGGCUCAGAACAAAUAAUUCGAGAGAUGCUAGUUUGUUUUCUGGAGGAUCGGAUAGAUCUUCCAAGCUAAGAUCCUCUGAGAAACCUGUGAAAAUGGAUGAUGGCCACUCAACGGAGCUGUUGGAGAGAACCACUAGCUCCAAAGCUUCACCGAUGGGACUUGUGGACAGAUCUCCAUCGUCGACUAGCCUCGAGCGUAGAUAUAUGGGCAGAAAUAAUGUUAGAAGGAGCCUUGAGAUUGACGAGUCAGGAAGAAGGAACAGUGGGUCGAUGGGAGCUAGAGAUGUGCCUUCUAUUGAAGAAAGAUCAGUUCGGGAUUUGCCAAUGGACAAAGAAGAUUCCAGUUUAAAUGGUUCUUCCUUUUACAAUAGAUCUAGUCAGCCUAAUUCCCAUUUGAAUCCUCCCCCGCCAUCCAUCAGGGGCGGGGUUAGUAGCCCUUCCUUUUUGGGUUCAUUUGAUGAUGAUGGUAGGCUCAACACCAACAGUGGUCGCUACAAGAGGACCGGCGAUCUCAACAUGGGACGAGGUCAAGUAAAUGCCUGGAGGGGUGCCCCAAAUUGGCCUUCACCUCUGCCUAAUGGCUUCAUCCCUUUUCAACAUGGACCUCAUCAUGGGGGCUUUCCGCCUAUGCUGUCUCCUUUUCCAAAUCCAUCUUUGUUUGUUAGACCCUCAAUGGAGCUAAGCCAUUCUGGUAUCCCUUAUCAUAUAACAGAUGCUGACAGGUUUUCUGGUCAUCUGCGCCCUCUUGGAUGGCAGAACAUAAUGGAUGGAUCGGGUUCUUCUCACUUGCAUGGAUGGGAUGGCGGUAGCAAUGGUAUAUUUAGGGAUGAUGGCCAUAUGUUUGGUGGUCCAGAAUGGAACCAGAAUAGGCAUGCGAUGAAUGGUCAUGGAUGGGAUUCGAGUUCGGAUAUCUGGAAAGGACAAAACGGUGAUAUCACCACAGACUUGACCUCAAAAUCUUUGAAGGAGGACAACAAAGUUCAGGCUUCUGUUGAUGAUAGCUCUGGUGUACUGGGAGCAGGUCAAAAGUUGCAGAAUGAAACUUGUAAUAAGGAUGGUUCCAAGGGAAAAGCAGUUGAAAGUAAACCUCCUGUUGUUUUAGCAGUCAAAGAAUCUUCUAAAUCUCAUCCCAAGACAACUUCCCAGCAGAGGAUUGCCGCUGACCCUCCUAAAACUUCGAGUGAAGACCACUUCAGUAAUUUUAUCAAUGCCUAUCUAUCUAAGGUGGACAUUUCCAGUGAACUUGCUAGUUCGGAUCUGUAUAGUAAGUGUAUGGGAUUGUUGAAGGUUGAAGUUAACGCAUCUGUUGAUGAAGAUGCUGAUGUGCUGAUAAAUUUGAAGGAUGGUGCGAGAGCAGUGCCUAAAAAUUCCAGUGUAUUCUUCAGUAACGCGCUCUUUCCUGCAUCUAGUGAUUCGAUAUUCAAGAGAGCCAUGGACAUCUACAAGAAGCAGAGAGCAAGUGGUAUGCCAUGUAUACAAGGGGGAAUAAUAGAUGCCAUACAAGCAUCAUCUGAGUCGAAGGAGGAGCAGCAGCAGCAAUCCAUUACCCUUAAAGACGGGGAGAAAGUCGAGGAACCUCUCACUUCCAACCUCGGCAUAGAAGUGGCUGAUGCACCACCGGUCUUCAACGUGGAACAAAAAGUUCCUGGUGGUGAUGUUUCGAUGGUUUCUACUGAGGAGGUCAAGAUGGACGAGAUCGUAGCAACAACUCCUACAGAAGAGGUGGUUCCUGUGUGUGCUGAUGAUAUCCCUGCACAUAAUUUAGAGUCUGUGGGUGAAGAAGCUCCUCCUCCUAGCUCUGACAUGCAGGGGAAUAAUCCAUCGGAAUGCAUCGUCGGUGGUGAGUUGAAGGUAGAUGAAGAAGAAGAAAGGCCGUCUGGUACCCCGAUGUCAGAGGGCUCUCUACCGGAUAAUCCCCCUCGAGGAGGUUCCCCUUUGCCUACCGGUGGUCAGGUGGAGAGCGAUGAAGGUAAUAGCGGCGGCACAGAUAAAAAUGUCGAAGAAGAAAAGAUGGAGGUGAGAGAUGGGGAAUGCUCUGCAGGUGGAGGUUCUUUAGUUUUAGUGGAAGAUGAUGAUGGAUGUUCUUCCAGGGCAACUGAGGGAUUGGUGCAUGGGGGUACGAAUGAGUCUGAUGAGUCGGUGUUAUUAAGUCGGAUACAUCAUUCUCCUGAAAGUACACAUUGAGACUAAUAUUUCUAUGUUCACAUCUUUCUUUCCUUUCUGAAGUGCCACCUCCUUUCCCCCCAUUCUCCUGCUCUUUUCCCCAUUUUUGUUUUUGAUGCUCUUUUAGCCGUGGAAAUAAAACUGCUUCUUCCCUGCUGGUAGGCGGGGGAGGUCAAUUUUUCUGGUUCUUUUCCAGUUCUCUUUUCAGUUUUGCAGUUUGGCGGCAGCAUUUCGGCCUCAGGGCAGCUCCAGUUGACAGGUAAAAAAGGUAUUAUGGUUCUUUUUACCUUUUCGUGUUGUGUCUUGUUUUCUCGAUAGGGUUUUGAAGUCAUAUUGUCUGAGCAUAAGAUGAGUUUUGUUGAAGUGAACAAUGCAUCUCUUUGGUGCGGUGGCAAAAUACGUGGUUUUAUUAAAUGAUCUUUUGUGAGCGUAUUAGAGACUGUCUUGCGUUUGUGAUUUUGUGGGCAAAAGAGGCUAGUGUCUGGGCAGUAUUGUUCAUUUUUUUGGUGGAUGUCACGCAUUAGAGUUGAGACAACGAUAGGGAAUAUGUUUGGGUUUAUUCCGUUUUGGGGUAUUUAGGCUGAUUUGUCACGUUUCAUGCGUCUCCGUUUCUUACCCUGGUCACUUGGUUGUAGCCAUGGUCUUUUUAGGAACAGGGUUUAGGGGAUUGGGUUUUUAUCUGGUAAGAGUAAGUGAAAUUUGGACCCUUGGGCUCGGUUGCAUUGAAUUUUUAGUGGCUGCGAUGGACUAAGAAUGCGGCCUAUAUGACCGAUGAUUGGGCUGUGGGUAGUAAUGGCAAUAAGGUGGCCUCUUCAAAAAUUAAAUUAAUAAUUAAAUAAUUCUUAAAUAAGAAAAUAUUUAACUAGUACAGAUUGCAACAAAAGUUAACAAAUUUUUCUAUAUUAUUAUAGAAUCAUUCAUUCACGGACUGGUUGCUUAUUUGAUUCUUAAAUUUGUUCUUAAAGAAUCAAAAGUUGAAAAAUGCUAUUUUGACACUUACCGUUGCAAAUUAAAAUCAACUUGAGAAGCAAAUAAACCCAUGUGUAUAAUAGAAUAGUAGGAAGAAGGGUAGCCAGUAAUUGGUUUUAGUUGCUAGGUUUAUCAUGAAACAGUUGUAUUACUAUACUUGUGUUUAAAAUGAAACAACAUAUGAGUUAUAGUCUAAUGGAAAACAUGUUUACGAAUAAUAGUAGUGUCUCAUGUUCAAAUUAGCUAGUCUAACACUUGCAUAUAUAUACAUUUUACAUAUAUGCAAACUAUUACCAGGAUUAGAUAAUAACUUCCCCUGAAAUUUUACGGUUGUCCCCUUCGCCUUGCGUACUAGUCCGACACCAAGUACGAUUCAGGUUGAGUGUUCCGCACGGGUACAGGGUGCAGUGGGUCGACUCAUUCUUAUGUGUUAUUUAAAAAAUGUUGAUAUUUAACUAUUUUUACAAAAAAAGUCAUAAAGAAUAAUACUUAAAUGAACGAGGGAGAUAGUAUAAUGAAUAAUUGAGUCUAAA